AUGCAGUCCAUCAGAGACUUGAAGGCCAACUUCAGUGGCCCUCCUCCUUCCUCCAUGGCUGCUGGCCCUGAUGCCUAUCUCCAGGGCAACAUCAGGAUGACUCUGGAGGACACUGAACUCUGGAAGACCUUUCAUGGAAUCGGAACAGAGAUGAUAAUCACUAAACCGGGCAGGAGAAUGUUUCCACACUGUAAAGUGAAUCUGUCAUGUCUUAUUCCCUGCGCCAAGUACAUCUUACUGGUCGAUAUGGUUCCAGAGGAUGGAUUCAGGUAUAAGUGGAAUAAAGAGAAAUGGGAGGUGGCGGGAAAAGCGGAGCCUCAGCCUCCCUGCAGGACUUACCUCCACCCAGACUCUCCGGCCCUUGGGAGCCACUGGAUGAAGCAGUCCGUCUCUUUCCUCAAGCUCAAACUCACCAACAACACGCUCGACCAACACGGCCAUAUCAUUUUGCAUUCGAUGCAUCGCUACCACCCGCGCUUCCACAUCGUCCAGGCAGACGACCUGUUCAGUGUCCGCUGGAGUGUUUUCCAGACCUUUACCUUCCCUGAAACCUCCUUCACAGCAGUCACCGCUUACCAGAACACCAAGAUAACAAGGUUGAAGAUUGAUCACAACCCAUUUGCAAAAGGUUUCCGUGAUGAAGGGACAACUAAGAAGAGGCGUGCAAACAAGAACCCAGCCUGCCUUGAGAAGCGAGCCAAGAUCUCAGACAUGUUGAACAGGGACUCUGAGGAGGACAGUCCACCAGAUUUUUGCCGGUCAUCCUAUGAGGGUUACGAUGCAGAUGAAGGAGACUUGCCGAAAAGGAAGGAGGACGACGACACAGUCAAAGAGGAGCGUUACUCCCCCUGGGCUGCUGAGAGGGAGCACAGCGUGAGGACCGACUCGCCUGCUGAGACUGACAACAGGGACAUGUACAGCACAGAGCAGCUGGUUCCUGCUCCAUCAUCCUACCAGCCUUACAGGUUCCACGAAUUUGGAAAGUCACCGUCUCCCUCCUCCAGCAUCGGCAGCAGCAACAGUGGAUCAGGGCGCAGCAGUUUCGAGUCCAGGGUCCCUGAUGUCGCUACUGUCCCCGAUCAUGACUCGUCAAAGCACCGCACCCAUGAGAUUGGGCCUUCCCACGGUGGACCCCAGCACCUCCCCGGCCCCCAGGACUACACCGGUGUGCUAAAUAUGACCAUGGCUCAGGCCGGAAAGCCGGGAGUGAUCGGCCACCACAUCUACAGCCCCUACAGUGCCGAGCAGCCCCUGGGUCAGUGGAGUGGCCCCGGUCCUGCCCAGUAUCCCCCUCCCCACCAUCUGACCACUGACUACACCACGCAAGCUGUGCACCACGGCUAUCACCAUGGCAACAUGGCGGAGUGGAGCCAGUACCCACUGUUCUCUUAUUCCUGCUGGUGA